ACUUCAGCAGAGCACUUAUUUUAAUUUUCUACUUUUGCUUGUAUUCCUCUCUGGCUGGAAUGUUUUCUCUGUGCCUGUAUGGGAUGCUAUCUACAAUCAGUCCAUAUACGCCAAGAUAUCGUGACCGAGUCAACAAUCCAGGAGUGAUGAUAAGACCAUAUCUUGGUGGAUUUAGGAUUGCAUUCAAUUCAUCAGAGGAGAGCACGUGGUCACAUUAUGUGAAAAGCCUGCAUCAAUUCCUUGAACCCUACAAUGACAGCAUCCAGGCUUUUAAGAACAUUCCAUGUUCUCCCGGGCAAUACUUCAUGCAAGAGAAGGAUGAAAGUGAAGAACGAUUAGCUUGUCAGUUUAAUCGGACCAUGCUGAAAAAUUGCUCUGGAAUUGAAGAUCCCACCUUUGGGUACUCUGAAGGAAAACCCUGCCUUCUCUUGAAGAUGAACAGAGUAAUUGGUUACCUGCCUGGUAAAGGAAAAAUACCAUAUGUGACCUGUGAAUUCAUGAAAGAAAAGAACAAUGCUAUAAUUCACUUCUACCCAAAUAACGGAACCUUUGAUCUCAUGUACUUUCCUUAUUAUGGAAAACUGACACAUGUGAACUACUCAAUCCCACUGGUGGCCAUGCAAUAUGAAAAUAUGGAGAAGAACAGUGAAGUCAGCAUUCAAUGUAAAGUAAAUGGGCCUGGCAUAAAAAAUGACAUCUUCCACGACCGAUUUUCUGGCAGGAUUCCAUUCACACUUAAUGUUCAAGAAUGAUAUGAAAUGAGGGUUCCUUUGUGAAAAAUAUAGACAAUGGUACAAUACCGGGCGACUUGGUUUCUCUACCGGGAAAGACUUGAUUACUAGCAUGACAGUAAAGUACAAAAUUUAACAGGUUAACCCUUCCCCUCUUGUUACUGAGUAACUUGAAGAUAAAAAUCAGGCUUUGUUUGACUUUGGUUUUGGUGCCUAUCACUAAUAAAACAUAUUUCUGUGAAGUUUCCAUUAUAUCAAAUCAUUAUAACAAAAACAAAUAAUUGCCAAAUUAUUAAGUGUUAAGCGUGUAGUUGUUAAAAUUUGGUUGAAAUUAUUAUGGUUUUACUCCACUUCAGUUUCUCAGAAAUUCAAUAAUUAAACGAUGUCUUAAUUUUUUUUGCCAGAAAUGUCUAUAUUCUGCAUGGAGAGGGGAAUAAAAGUUUUAUAUUGAAA